GUUUAGUUGCGGUAGAGGUCGUCGUCGUGGUGGUCCAAAAUCAUCUGUCAAGUCGCAAACGUCGUGCCAUUUGUUUUUAUGCUUUCUUGCAACAUUCCGUCGUAGAAGGAGAAGCAGAUCACGAUCCGGUGGUUUGUACAUGAUUGUUUCUCCAGUAUUCCUUUCUGCUUUGGCCACCGCAGUUGAGGUUUCAUUAGUUUUCAAUUUCAUCAUUCAAAGCACCAACAUUAUAAGAUCCGGAAACAGUACGCGGUAAAAAUUUGAAUUUCGACCCCGGACCUCGAGAUUUUUUAUCUUGUACGAGCAAAACAUGGUAGAAUUCGAUGACAGCGAGGAAGAGGGCAAUAGCCCCGGCGCUGGAGCAGCUGGAAAGAAAGGCGGGAAGGAUCCAACACAGGCAGUGAAAGGUACUAUUCCAUCUACUUGAUUGAUGUUACGUCAAAGGCUCUGGCACAGUAAUAAGACUGAAGACAGCAGUUUGGUAUAUUAGGAACCAGCAGGCAGCCCCCACCUCCAGGGUUAUUUGUGAUUGAACGUCUUUCUCAUGUUCUUGGUAAAAGUAUCCUCCUUCUUGUCCACCAGAUCUCAUGAAGCUUGCCCGAGGGAAGCUGGAUAACACCAAGAAGCAGCUGGACGCGAACAGCGACAAGGUGCAGCUUUUGAAAUCCGAGUUCAAAACCUUGAAGAGGCAAAACGUGCACCUUGCGAAGCAGCAGCAGGGCGCCAUACAAGAGCUCGAAGCAGGACUGACAACCAAAUGAUCUUGAUUUCGAUUUCUUGGAAGAGGAUCAACAUCAUAGGCUUCAAUUUUAUCAGGAGUAGGUGAUGAAUGAACAAGGUCGCGGACGAGACUUCUCAGGAAUUUAGUUUCCGACCAGCUCCUCGAAUAAAGCACCCUUGCUGCGCAGGCGCAGAAAAAAAAGUUAACAUGUUGAAAACCGGGCUCGUUGGGGAGAAAGAGAAACGACUCUUCACCCUCGUUGUUUGGACGUUAAGCGAAU